AUGAAGGCACUUGUUUAUUUUCUGCUGGCCUUGGACGCAGCGACUGCUCAGGUGGCCAUACAACUACAUCCUAAGCCUAGUGCUAUUCCUGGGCUUGCACAAAAGCAUCUACCCCGAUCGCGAAUCAUCGAGAAUGUAGUGGAUUGGUCUCAACUGAGGAAUACCGCAAGACGGGCUACCGAAAGAUAUGGCCGGACGGACCCACAAACGCCUUUCGUGAAGCCUGCAGAGUCUCGACGCAAAUUUCGAACAGCUAGCACGCACAAUGGACAGCUUGCAACGAUCGCUGCCGAUGUCACUCAAGCUGGAGAGCUAUCGAAAGGCGCCGCUUUCGCAAAGCUCGGUUUGCUUAGGGGGUCCAAAUACAUUCGUCUCCGUGUUGCUUCUUCGGACCAAAAACUCCUUUCACGAGCGCGUGUAACUCAAACCAAGAAUUCGACGGAAGCUCAAGAGUCACCUGUGGCGUCACCGAAACAUUCAAGACAUUUCAGCUCACACCAGAAAAUUUUCGCAAAAGCUCACACUCACUCACCUCAGCGUUCUACUUACCCAUCACCCAAUCUCAGCGGCACAUUUCUUCGUGACAGCGUUUCGGGCUCUGGGGAUAUUGAAUUUUACGGUCAGAUUGAUGUAGGAACACCCCCGCAGGCGUUCAUGAUCGACUUUGACACGGGCUCCUCAGAUAUGUGGAUUAAAGAUAAGAGUUGUAAAAAGAAUUGCGGUCGGGGCUCUUCACACCAGCAUGCGUUUUAUGACUCUAAACAAUCAUCUACAUCUAAGGAUUUAUCCUCGCCAUUCCGAAUUUCUUAUGGCGUAGGUGGAGUAAGUGGAGCUUUGUUUGAAGAUACUGUGUCGGUUUCGGGAUAUGGUGUGGUUGGGCAAGCUUUCGGUGUUUGUGAUGUGCUCUCGGAGGACUGGCCAAAUGAUCCAGCUGAUGGGGUACUCGGUUUAGCGUUCGAGUCUAUCGCAACUAGCCAUAAGAAGCCCUGGUUUUACAACGCUAUGACACAAAACCAAAAGUUGAACAAUACUGUUGACUCCGAAAUGUUUUCAUUUGCCAUGGGAAGAUUUUCCACCAAAUCUCACCACAAGUCCGAACUUUUCAUGGGGGGUCAGAAUCCCGAAAAAUUCCACGGAGAUUUCCAAUGGAUCCCGUUGACUUCGAGAACCUAUUGGCAAGUUCAGCUAUUGAAUGUGUAUUGCAACAACGGCAAGGAAGACAAAUUCCGAGUGGAUAUACCUAGCACGGCCGCAAUUGUAGAUAGUGGGACGACUUACAUUGCUGCUCCCGCCGAGCAGGCUAAAAGCUUCUGGGAUAAUAUACCCAAUUCGCAGAUGAAAUCAGGCGACGGAUUCUAUACAUUCCCUUGUUCACAGAGCGUCAAAAUGGUAUUCGAUUUUGGAAAUGGGAUUGAGCUUGGCGUAAACGAGCUGGAUAUGAACCUUGGUAAAGUUUCCCCUGAAAGUGACCGCUGUGUUGGAGCCGUUUUUGGAAGCCAGACGGGUGGUAACUGGAUCUUAGGCAUUUCCUUCAUGAAGAGCUAUUACACGACCUUUGAUUUUGGUUCAUCUCGACUGGGGUUCGCGAAGCCUUCUUACCACUAA